AAUGCCAUAUAAUAAGAAGACUGCUGGGAAAAGAGCCCCUGCGAAAAGGAAACUUGCUGAAGUGUUUCCUCUGGGGGAGGUUCUAGCAGAUACAUCCGGAAAAGAAUGGAAAUUAGGUGUCCCUAUAGGGCAAGGAGGCUUUGGAUGCCUAUACCUUGCUGAUGCUAAUUCUUCAAAGUUGGUUGGCAGUGAUGCACCUUAUGUUGCAAAAGUGGAACCCAGCCAGAAUGGACCUCUUUUUACUGAGUUAAAGUUCUACAUGCGAGCUGCUAAGCCAGAUGAAAUUCAGAAGUGGACUAAGUCCCAUAAACUGAAAUAUUUAGGUGUACCAAGAUAUUGGGGUUCUGGCUUGCAUGAAAGAGAUGGAAACAGUUAUCGAUUUAUGAUAAUGGCCCGAUUUGGCAGAGAUCUUCAGAAGAUGUUUGAAGAGAAUGCAAAACGAUUUGCCCAUAAAACUGUACUGCAAUUAGGCCUGAGAAUACUUGAUAUUCUGGAAUACAUCCAUGAGCAUGAAUAUGUGCAUGGAGAUAUCAAGGCCUCAAACCUUCUUCUGAAUUACAAGAACCCUAAUCAGGUGUACUUGGUGGAUUAUGGACUUGCCUACCGUUUCAGUCCUGAAGGAGUUCACAAAGUAUAUAAAGAAGAUCCUAAAAGGUGUCAUGAUGGGACUAUUGAAUAUACCAGUAUUGAUGCACACAAGGGUGUGGCACCAUCGAGACGUGGGGAUAUGGAGAUCUUGGGUUACUGUAUGAUUCAUUGGCUUAGUGGCCAUCUACCAUGGGAGGAUAAUUUGAAAGAUCCAAAUUUUGUCAGAGACUCAAAAAUUGGAUGUAGAGAUAAUAUUUCAGUUUUGAUGGACAAAUGCUUUCCGGGGAAAAAUAAACCAGAUGAAAUAGCCAAAUACAUGGAAAAGGUGAAGCUACUGAGCUAUGAAGAGAAACCUGUUUAUCAGCAUUUCCGAGAAAUACUUCUGCAAGGUCUUAAGGCCAUUGGGCAAAAAGAUGAUGGCAUCCUUGAUUUUGGCUUGUCAGAGAAUGGAGACAUGCAAACAAAUCCCAUGCAAAAGAGAAAAAGAAAGGCAGCAGCUGCAACCAAUGACAGCACCGAAGCAGAAAUGGAAGAAGAUACAGAAAGUCCUGAAAAAGAGAAACCUGCUUCUUCUAGUAAGUCAAAAGAUUGUUCUCACAGUCGUGUGUACUGGUAUGGUAGGUUAACCCUGUCUAAGGGUCAGAUUCCCACCAGUCACUUGCUCCCUGCCUCGGUGGGACAGAAGGAGAAAAUAGG